AUGGAGGAGCACCAUCGGCCCAAUAAAAAGAUCACGACGGAGCUACCGCAUGAAAUUCUAUUCUACAACAUACUACCAAGGCUGCCUGCCGAAUCUCUACACCGUUUCAGGUACGUUUCCAAACAAUGGCACAUGUUCCUAAGUUCGCCUGAGUUUAUCAAGCUCCACCUCCACCACGUCACCAACGACCACCAUCAAAACCACCACAAACUUCUCGUUUUAUCUACUACAGCACCAUGCAACCUUCACACCAUUGAUUGUGAAUCACCUGAAAGCGGUCUAAGUCGCAGCCGCCCGAUUCCGUUUAAAGUUUGCCCUGAAAACAUGACGAUUAUGACAUCAUGCAAUGGACUUGUUUGUGUAGGCAUAACCAAACGUAAGUACGAUGAUAAAUACCAUAAUCUGAUAUUAUGGAAUCCUUUAACCGAUGACUACAAGAAGUUGUCUAAAUCUCAUUCUUGUAAAGAAUGCUACGAGGUUUGUGGAGGACCAUACGGGCUGUAUUAUAGCUAUUCACACGAUGACUACAGACUUUUACGUGUCACCCACGAUCGCCAUGCUUACAUAUACUCGUUGAAAUCAGAUUCAUGGAGAAAGCUGGAUUCUUCCACUAGCGACUUGAAAAGUAUUACCUGCUUGAUUUCAGAAAGUUGGGGGGAAAGUAUUGUACAGAAUGAAAAAGUUUAUUUUAUAAAACAAGGCAAGAGAAGAACCUUAGGUCAUUUAUCUAAUUCAAUUAUAAGAAAAUUCAGUAGAGUUGAGUGCCAGGUUUUGGAGGAUGGAUGGAGAUGGAGAUUGGACAGAGCUGAUAAGUUAUCCGAUAUUGCCGAAUUUAUAUUGCAUUCAGAAGCCACUACACUUGAUGAGGAAUGGGAAUUGGGUGACAUAUUGUUUGCACUCUGGAUGUCAUCUCUACAAACUGGAUCCGGAAAGACGUUUUUGUGA